AUGAAAAUGAGUCGAACCAACGUACCUGAAGAUGUCAAAGAACGCAUCAAAGCGUCUUACGAUAUUAUAGCGCCGAAAUAUAACGAAUGGACGGUGAAACACAUCCCUCUACGGCAGGAGUAUACAGCAAAGGUCUUUGAAUUUAUAUCUGCUUCUGGUCCUUUGCAACAACCCCGCUUCCUCGAGCUCGGCUGCGGCGCUGGACUGCCCAUUACGAAAAAGCUUCUAUCGCACCCAGAAGCACAUGUCACUGCAAAUGAUAUAUCGACCACCCAGAUCGAACUUGCAAGGAAAAAUCUGCUCGGGGCUGCGGAAGAAAAUGCUAGAAGCUCAGAACGCUUGGCUCUCAUUGAGGGGGAUAUGACAAAGCUCUCCUUUACCGACCAAUCCUUCGACGCUGUAUUCGCCUUCUACAGCUUGAUACACCUCCCUCGUACAGAACAGACCGAGAUGGUUGGAAAGAUUGCACGGUGGCUGAAGCCCGGCGGCUACCUAGUUGCUAAUUUUUUCGAUAGUGACAAGGAGGCAGUUGUAAUGGAGAAAUGGCUUGAUAAGAACGAUUGGAUGUUUUGGAGUAGCUGGGGUAAAGAAGAGACGUUGAAAAUAAUAGAGGAAGCCGGAUUUCAAGUCGUUGCCAGUGACGUAAGGAAGGAUGAGGUUAAUUCUUCGUUUCUUUGGGUCGUUGGGAAGCGAUAA